AGUGUAUUCCACGCUCUCUCUCAGUCGUCGUUUCGUUAGCGCUCUCUCUCUCUCUCUCUCUAGAGUCUCUCUCCUCCUUCUUCACCUUUUCUCACAACUCCGAUCACAUUGAAUUGAAUUCAACAAUGGAAGAAUCAACAGAUGCAGAUCCCAUUAGUGUUUCCCUUCACAUCCUCACUUCCCUCCUCGACGACGAAAUCACCAGGGUCCACAACUUCAAAGGCAAGUGGGCCCUCGCCCGAGUCAAACUCACUCACCUCCAAGCCCAACUCACCGAUUUCUCCGCCGAGUUCCCCAACGCCUCAACCUCCAACCCUCUCUCACUCGACCUCCUCCAUUCCAUCUUUCACACACUCAACGACGCCGUUUCACUCUCCAAACAGUGUCACUCCACAGACUUACCCCAUGGGAAGCUCCACACCCAGAGCCACCUCGACUCCCUCCUCGCCAACCUCGACCGCCACGUCACCGAUUGCGACAUCCUCUUCCGCAGCGGCCUUCUCCACCAAAACGCCGUCGUUUCCAACUCUUCAAAGCGAGAGGCCGUUAGAUCCGAAUCCAGGAACCUCAUCACCCGUUUGCAAAUCGGGUCGCCGGAUUCCAGAACCUCCGCGAUGGACUCGCUGUUGAGUUUGCUCAACGAGGACGAUAAGAACGUCACGAUAGCUGUAGCGCAGGGCGUGGUUCCUGUCCUCGUUCGCCUCCUUGAUUCUUCAUCGGAGAUGAAGGAGAAAACCGUUGCCGCUAUUUCAAGAGUUUCGACGGUGGAAAGCGGCAAGAACGUUCUAAUCGCGGAGGGUUUGUUGCUUCUGAAUCACUUGCUUCGUGUUCUGGACUCCGGGAGUGGGUUCUCUAUAGAGAAGGCAUGCGUUGCGCUUCAAGCCCUGAGUUUCACGAAGGACAACGCGAGGGCUAUUGGUUCAAGAGGUGGAAUCUCGUCGCUGUUGGAGAUUUGCCAGGCUGGCACGCCCGGUUCCCAAGCGUACGCGGCGGCGGUUUUGAGGAAUCUCGCCGCGUUCCCCGAAACAAGAGAGAAUUUCGUGGACGAGAAUGCCCUUGUUGUUCUGUUAGGGUUGGGUUCUUCCGGAACCGCUUUGGCUAAGGAAAACGCGAUUGGCUGUUUGUGUAAUUUGAUUUCAGAGGAAGAAACUUUGAGGGUUUUGGUGGUUAAGGAAGGUGGUGUUCAGUGUUUGAAGAAUUUCUGGGACUCGGCUCCACUGGUUCCCAGUCUUGAAGUUGCGGUUGAAAUGUUGAGGCACUUGGCUUCAAGUGCACCCAUUGCUGAGGUUCUUGUUAAUGAUGGGUUUGUUGUUAGAUUAACGGGUGUGUUAAAUUGUGAUGUGCUUGCGGUGAGAAUUGCAGCGGCUAGAGCUGUUUAUGCAUUGGGUUUGAGCAGUGGAAAAACGAGGAAACAGAUUGGGGAAUGUGGGUGCAUUCCCCCUCUGAUUAAGAUGCUUGAUGGGAAGGGUGUGGAAGAGAAAGAAGCUGCAGCGAAGGCCUUGUCGGUGGUCUUGUUGCACACCGGGAAUAGAAGGGUUUUCCGUAAGGAUGAUAGAGGGAUAGUGAGUGCAGUUCAAUUGUUGAACCCUUCGUUUCACAAUUUGGAUAAGAAAUACCCUGUUUCGUUGUUGACCUCGCUCGUUCAUUCCAAGAGUUGUAGGAAGCAAAUGGUGGCUGCUGGUGCUCGUGUACAUACGCAGAAGCUCGUUGAGAUGGAUGUCGAGGGGUCCAAGAAACUCUUGGAGAAUCUUGGUCCUGGUAAGAUAUGGGGAGUUUUUACCAGACCCUAGAGAUGAACUGGAACAUAGUGUUCUCUUCAAUUUCCUAAAUCAUGGUACAAGAACAACCGGUAAUUAUGAUUAUUCGUUGAUCAUGUAUGUAUGGUAGGCUUUUUUCAGGUUUUCUAUUUUCCUCUUUCUUGUAAUUGUGUUAAUAAGUGAUGUUUAUUUUCUCUUGGAUGUAGAGGCAAGUCUGUUCAAAUGAAUUUAUCAGAGAACUUUUGUUUAAUGUUAGUGGUAGAGUAUACGACCUGUCACAUAGCUUAGUUGGGUUGCGAGUUGCAUUGAUGAAGAUAGGAUAGUUCAUAGUUGAUUGUUAAAAUGCUUUGCAUGUAAUUAAUGUAGUGCUUUUACUU